UCUCGUAUGAAUUGAUAUUACAAGAUAAUUAUAAUUAUAAUAAAUUCGCACCAUUGAAGCCAUUAGACAGAAUAAUAUAAUAUUUUGCUGCUUAAUUUCAAUUUCAUAAAUGGCAGACGAUGAAGACGAAGGAGGCUUCGGUGGUUUGUAUGAGGAUGGGCAUUGGGCGUGGGACGAGUCCGCCAGAGGUUUGGUUUUCGUUAGUGAUUUGCCCCCGAAACCAGUUGAAGCAAUACAAAUAUUAGCAAAGGCACCCACUGGGACUGUUGAGUUUAGAGACGAUGUAGAUUUGAUAGAACAGAUCCGCUUUCGACGGCGUUACCAAAGAAAAGUCAAGGCUGGACAAGCUGAAGUUAUUACUUGCCAGGACGUGAAAGAUAUUGCAUUAUACACGGCCCCCGUGCACAUAAUGAGCCCGAUGCUCAUAAAUAUGCUACACCUUCCAACAACCGAACGAUUUAUAAGAGCGCUGAUAUUGUAUACGGAGUACUAUUUGCAGAUAGCGGACGAGAUGGCGAAUCGUAUAAUAGAAUUGGAGACAAAGGUGCGGACCCCCGACUGCGAGAUACUUGAAAAUGAAUAUCGGGAUAAUUUAGCUGAUUUACGACUUUUGGUGGCGAAAGAAUACUGCACGAUGCUUAUUGGUGGCAGCGAUACUAGGAAGUUCCACCACAUGGGACCUCAGAAGAAGCGGCGAUCUUUGUCAGACAAAGACGCGAGGCUGUUCGAAACUUUGCUCCGAAUGUGUGUUCAGAUUGUUUGGCUCGCAUUAGGGCGCAAGUCCUUCAAUCAAAUAGAGUUGGAAUUGAAUCGUAUAUUCAAGUCGGAGAUAUUCAACGCUGUGGAGCACAACCUACAGACGGGAUACAUCAGUAAGAUGUCGAAGGAAGAGCGUGCAGUAUUACUGGGUCACUGCCUUCGCCACGACAAGAAGUUGAACACACGAUCUCCUCUAAUGAACGAGGUUUUCUGUCACAGAGAGAUCGACUAUCGCAUGAUGGGCCUUGGAGUUAUAAAGACGCAUCAGAUGUCGCCUCGUCUUCACUACAUGCUUCAAGCAGUGGCUGGACCUGAAGAAAAGUUGCUAGAGCUGGGGGUAACCGUGGGCAUACUGGGCAUGCCGCGCACCGCUUUCGAUACUAUGCUGAAACCUUUGCCGACUGCUGGGGAAGGAAAGUCAAAAGCUUCUAUGUCUUCAGCAAGCGGGUACAGUUCCAAAAGUACUGGUUCGAUGAGGAAAAGUACAAUUGCAGCCCAGAAGCUAUAUCCUGAUGUGGUGUUACCAAGAAAGGAAACCCGAGGGAUACUUUUUCCUUCUUCGUUCCCUGAUGAGCCCGAGGAGAUUCGGCCCUGCAGUGAGAUGCAGCGUCGCAGAUGGCAGACCAGGCUUAUGAAGCUACUCCAUCCUCAUGGGCGUUGAAGAAAAUCCAGGU